AUGAAGGCUGGAGAGGUUCGCAUCUUGGGCUUGGGAAAUCCUCUGCUUGAUUUGAUGGUAAAAGCUGAGGGUGACAUCUACGACCGGUAUAAAUUAAAAAAAGAUGACGCAUUACUGGCUGCUGAACAUCACCUGCCACUAUUCGAUGAAGUUGCACAAAAUCCCACAACCAGAUAUGCGGCCGGCGGAGCAACACUCAACACAAUGAGAAUGAUAAAGUGGAUUUUGCAAGAACCACAUAAAUGUACAUUUAUAGGGUGUAUUGCCGCCGACGAAGCUGGAGAACGAUUAAGGAAUGAGUGCGAAAAAUUGCAGCUUAUGACCCACUUCGAAGUUACGCAGGGCGAGGCAGCUACGGGGAAGUGUGCGGUCCUUUUGCACGGCAAAUGCCGGAGUAUGGUGACGCAUGUGGGUGCGGCUGCGAAUUUGACUAUGGAUCAUAUUCUCAAGCCAGACACGUGGCACUCGAUUGAAAGCGCGUCCGCCUACUAUGUCGCGGGGUUUGCAACCGGUACAUGUUUUGAAGGUGUUUUAGAGGUGGCCAAGCAUGCACGAUCCCGUGGAAAAUUGUUCGCAUUCAAUUUAAGUUCGCCGGCAAUACUUCAACACUUCAAGGAUCAGAUGGACGCUAUUUUCCCCUACGUGGAUAUUCUAUUCGGAAAUAGUAGCGAGGCCCAAGCAUAUGCGGAGCUGCACGAACUCUCAGGACAAGCGCUGGAGAAUAUUGUCCUAAAGCUUGCUUCGAUUACCUCAGCCAAAUCGGAAAAUCCUCGUAAAAGAAUCGUUCUGAUAACCCAAGGACAAGACCCAGUGCUACUUGGGGAAUCUGGAGGAAAAGAAGUAAUGCACUUUCCCGUUUAUCCCGUGUCCGAUGAAGACAUUGUGGAUACCAAUGGUGCCGGUGACGCAUUUGUGGCUGGAUUUCUGGCUGAAUAUUUGCGUGGUUCUUCAAUUGAAAAGGCUGUGGAGGAAGCCAUUAACGCUGCGCGGUACAUUAUACAGAGAAACGGGUUCACUUUAGGACCACGUGAUCAGUACGCCUGA